UAAACCUUUACAAUAAACCGGUUCAAACCACCCGGUUUAGACCCUAACUCAGAAAAACACUCUCCCUCUCUCUCUACUCUAGACUUAGGGGCGGCUUUUCUCUCCUCUAAUCGCUAAACCCUUUCCAGGCGACAAAAAGAAACCAUUUUUCUCAUCACCCAUUUCAUCUCCUCACCAAAAGUCGCAACCUUUCCUCCAGAAAUGAGCUAUCUCCUCCUCCCCAGAAACAAAAAGCUCUCAUCUUUCAUCACAAGACACUACCCAAUCCUCAAAACCCUGAUAACAAACCCAUCUCCGAUCCUAAACCCCAUCUCUCACUAUUCAACCCAAUCCUCCUCCUCCAAGUUCCCAGAAUACGAGAUGCCCACCGUCACAUGGGGAGUGAUCCAAGGCAAAAAAGAGAAACUCGUCAACCGCGUCAAAAUCUGCGACUACCUCAAAACCCUCGGCGUAAUCACCGACGAGCUCGAAUCAAUCGAGCUCCCUUCCACCCUCGACGUCAUCUCCGAGCGCGUCGAGUUCCUCCAGAAACUCGGCCUCACCAUCGACGACAUCAACGAGUACCCCCUCAUGCUCGGCUGCAGCGUCCGCAAGAACCUCAUCCCCGUCCUCGCCUACCUCGAAAAAACCGGCAUCUCCAGAUCCAAGCUCGGAGAGUUCGUCAAGAACUACCCUCAGGUCCUCCACGCCAGCGUCGUCGUCGAGCUAGCCCCCGUCGUCAAGUUCCUCAGAGGCCUCGACGUGGAGAGGCAGGAUCUUGGUUACGUUCUGAUGAAGUACCCCGAGCUUCUAGGGUUUAAGCUCGAAGGUACCAUGAGCACUUCCGUCGCUUAUCUCGUGAGUAUCGGUGUCAGUCCGAGAGACAUUGGUCCUAUGGUCACUCAGUAUCCUUACCUCUUAGGGAUGAGAGUUGGUACAAUGAUCAAACCUCUUGUUGAUUAUUUAAUCUCCAUCGGUUUACCGAAGAAGAUAGUCGCGAGGAUGCUUGAGAAGCGAGCUUAUGUGAUAGGUUAUAGUCUCGAGGAGACUGUUAAACCGAACGUGGAGUGUUUGGUUAGUUUUGGCGUCAGGAGAGAGAUGCUUCCUUUGGUUAUAGCGCAGUACCCUCAGAUUCUUGGUUUACCUGUUAAGGCCAAGAUGUCAACGCAGCAGUACUUUUUCAGCUUGAAGCUCAAGGUUGAUCCCGAGGGGUUCGCGCGCGUUGUCGAGAAGAUGCCGCAGGUUGUGAGUCUUAAGCAGAGCGUGGUGAUGAAACCGGUUGAGUUUCUGUUGGGGAGAGCGUUUAAGGUCGAGGACGUUGCGAGGAUGGUUGUGAGGUGUCCUCAGAUACUCUGUUCGAGAGUUGAGCUGAUGAAGAAUAGCUAUUACUUUUACAAGACGGAGAUGGGGAGGCCGAUGAAGGAGCUGGUGGAGUAUCCUGAGUAUUUUACUUACGGGUUGGAGUCGAGGAUUAAGCCUAGGUACCAGAAGCUGCAGGGGAAAGGGAUUAGGAGUUCGUUGAACUGGUUCUUGAAUUGUAGUGACCAGAGGUUUGAGGAACGGUUGGAAGGUAACUUUAUCGAUGCGGAUACUAGUGAAGGUCCGGUGUUUGACAUGGGUGGGAAGUUGGAGAUGCCUGGUGGUGGUGGUGAGGUUGUGUCUGAUGAAGAUGAUGAUGAUGAGAGUGAUGAUGAUGAAGUUUUAUAUAGACGCACUCUCACUUUGUAGAGGUAGCUAUUGUUACUCUCUGCGUUUGAGAGACUAGAGUUUUGGAAGUGGAUUUUGUCUUCUUUGUUCUCUCUCUGUUUCACUUCAUGGUUUAAGCUGUUUCUCAUGAGGUCCUCUUAUGAAACCUAAUCACUUUUUAUUACGUUUUGUAGAUUUUAUAGCAUGUUUUGUA